GAGCUGCCUUUCCGGUCCCCAGAGCUCCCGAAGAUCCGGAUGCCUCGGCACCUGCGGGAGACUUACAUCAGGCGUGUGGGGGACGCCGUGAACAUCAUGAUCCCUUUCCAGGGGAAGCCCCAGCCCGAGGUGACCUGGACCAAGGGGGGCCAGCCCCUGGACAAGUCCCGCAUCAACAUCCGCACCACGGCGCGGGACACCAUCUUCUACAUCCGGCAGGCCCAGCGCGGGGACUCGGGGCAGUACCAGCUCUGUGUGAGCAUCGGUGGCACCGAGGACAAGGCCAUCCUGGACAUCCAGGUGAUUGAGCCACCCGGGCCCCCCCAGAACCUGAAGCUGGUGGACGUGUGGGGCUUCAACGUGGCCCUGGAGUGGUCUCCCCCUGCGGACAACGGGAACGCCGAGAUCAAGGGCUACAGGGUGCAGAAGUCGGACAAGAAGAGCGGGAAGUGGUUCACGGUGCUGGAGCGCUGCACCCGCACCAGCUGCACCAUCUCCGACCUCAUCAUCGGCAACUCCUACUCCUUCCGCGUCUUCUCCGAGAACUCCUGCGGGCUCAGCGACAGCGCCGCCGUCGCCGCCGGGCUCGCCCACAUCGAGAAGACAAAAACCACUUACCAGCCACAGAAGAUCCCCCCGAGGGACAUGAUGGAGCCUCCAAAGUUCACACAGCCCCUGACAGACCGAACCACCACCCGGGGCUACAGCACCCACCUCUUCUGCUGCGUCAGGGGCUUCCCCCAGCCCAAAAUCAUCUGGCUGAAGAACCAGAUGGAGAUCCGGGAGGACCCCAAGUACAUCGCGCUGAUCGAUCAGGGCGUGUGCUCCCUGGAGAUCCGCAAGCCCAGCCCCUUCGACGGGGGCGUCUACACCUGCAAGGCCGUGAACGCCCUCGGGGAGGCCUCCGUGGACUGCAGGCUGGAUGUGAAAGGU